AAUUUCGGGCUGCUUGCUCUGCAGUCGGCUAGAUCUUUUUCUCCCUUAAAAUUUGAGAGUGAAACUAAGGAAAAAUCCCUGCACAACAGAUGGACGUGGCCUCCACUUGCAGCGUCGAUCGUGUCUUCCUUGAUCUAAAGUUGCUUGUGGACAACCUCAAUGUCAUGUUCCGAACAGGCAAAAUUGGAUAUACGUACGUGGGUGUAACAUUUCUCAAAAUUGAAGCUGCGUACCUGAACAUAACAUUUCUCAGAACAUUUGUUAUGUGUGCAAGAAAUUGGAGCUACGGCAGUGAUUUUCACUUGGAAUCCGAGAAUGUUGGUAACGAGAUCAAAUCAUUUAAGCAAGCAAUCAUCCAAGUUUAUUUUGCUUUGGCUAGCAGCAAAUCAUUGGAAACAAAUUCUUGCAUGCCUGUUGAUGAACUAAUGGAAUUUAUAGACAGCAUUCUGCAAAAUCUAGCGGAUUUAACAACUAUCGAUUUGUGUAUUGUUGAAAUGGAUCCCCAAGUUAGUGUUCAAGUCCAAGCCCUUGAAGCAAAGCUAACAUUCUUGAAAAGCUUCAUUCCCUUUGCCAAAUUGCGAGGAACUGUAGAUAUUCCUGCCUUGCUGUUGGCUCACUUUGAAGUGGUGGCUUUGAACGCAGCAUGCCUCUCUUACAUGUGUUCUUGUUGGGAUGAUGCGUUCUGCAAUCCUGAGUUCUGCUCCAUGAUAUAUGAGCAACAACAGAAAAUCACGCCUAUUGAUUUUCAAGUCUAUGAGAUUUAUAUGGAAGUUCUUAGAGCUACAAGAUCCUCAAAAUCAUUGCAUAAUAGAAUGAUGGAUAAGCAGAUAUUGAACAACUUCAAUGAUUCUCUCAUAAGUUGUCUCUGGGAGCUGUUAUGCUGCAGCUCUAGCUUCAUGGAUUCUAUGAAACAUGAAAUGCAAAUACUCUAUGCAGGACUGAGGUUCUUGAGAAGCAUUUUAAGGGAGCAGCAGGAGAAGAGGGAUGAACAAAAUGAAACAAUUGGUGCUCUUCUUAGUGAGGCAGGCAUUAUAAUUUGCUCGCCUUCUCUAAACAGAGCGGAAGAAGGAGAAGUUAGCUUCUCAAAAUCCACAGAAGCCUUUGCCUGUUAUGAUAUGCUGGCUAAUACCAACAUUCGUAUCGAGCAUUUUAAGGAUCAGAUCAGUGGCUCAAGCAUUAUUGAAAGUGUUCCUUCCUUUCAUAGCUUAAGAGCAACAGAAGUUAGCAAGACUUCCGGCCGCAUGCUAUCAAAAGGUAAAAUGCCAAUAGCCCAUGAAGUCAUGGUUGGCCUUGAUGAUGAGGCAGCAAAAGUAAUUGAACGACUUAUAUGGGGAACAAAACAGGUGGAAAUUGUUCCCAUUGUGGGAAUGGCUGGGGUUGGUAAGACAACUUUAGCCAAAAAAGUUUACAAUGAUAGUUCAGUAAUCUGUAACUUCCACAUUCGUCUUUGGUGCACUGUUUCUCAAGAAUUUAACAUGAAAAGCUUGUUAAUACAAAUUUUGUGCUCUGAUGCCAAACAUUCCAGGAUGGAUGAUGACUUUCAAAAGGAUGAACAUGCAUUGCUUGAAAUGUUCCGCAAAAAGCUAUUGAAGAAUCGGUAUCUUGUUGUUUUUGAUGAUGUAUGGGACACCGGGGCAUGGCAUGAGCUGGGAAUUGCAUUCCCGGAUGACAAGAAUGGAAGUAGAAUCAUCUUUACGAGUCGAUCUUCUAAUGUAGCUUCACGGGUUCAAUAUGGUGGAGAACCUCACUAUCUUCACCCACUCAGUGAGAAAGAAAGUUUUGAAUUACUGCAGAAGAAGGUUUUUGGAAAAGAAGAUUGUCCUCAAGCAUUGCAUGGAUUGGGAAUGGAGAUCGCCAAAAAGUGCAAGGGAUUGCCACUUGCAAUUGUUGUUGUAGCUGGAGUCCUAGUAACUAUAGAGCAUGAUAUUUGUGUUUGGGAACAAUUUGCUGAAAGUUUAACUUCAACCACGGUGUCUGGUGCAGAACAAUUCAAGAAGUCGAUGGAGCUCAGUUAUGAGCAUUUACCAUAUCACUUGAAGGCAUGCUUGCUGUAUUUUGCUGCAUUUCGAGAGGAUGAAAAAAUUUGUGCCAAGAAGUUGAUGUGUCUCUGGAUUGCAGAAGGGUUCGUGGAAAUAAUUGAAGGAAAGAGAUCAGAGGAUAUUGCAGAAGAAUAUCUGAUGGACCUAAUUCAUCGAAACUUAGUUAUGGUAAGUGAAAACAGAUCCAUUGGUGGAGGCAAAACUUGUUACAUUCACGAUUUGAUAUUAGAGUUCUGUAAGACUGUGGCGAAGGAAAAAAAUUUUCUUCAGAUCCUGCGAGGAUAUGAUGAGCUUUCUAUCUUUAAUGAGCCUCCCAACCUACAUCGGUUGUCCAUUUGCUGCAGUGAAGAAGAUUUUAUAAAGUCAAAACUAUUUUGUCCAGAUUUAGAUACUCUGCUAUUCUUCAAUGCUACUCCAGGAGAUAAGUUUGGGAUGCUUAAUAUCUCCCCCUUUUUUUGCAUCUACAAACGUCUUAAAGUUUUGAAUUUAGAGGACAUUAACCUAAUGUUGAAGGAGCUUCCAGCUGAAGUCGAAUCACUUCUUUGUUUGAGGUACUUAGCCCUUCGUACAGCUCAGCCCAUGGAAUUCAUUCCACCAUCUAUAGCCAAGCUCUCACAUUUGGAAACCUUCCGUCUAAAUUCUUGCACGACGGUUUCAUUGCCAGAUAGCAUCUGGAACAUGAAGAAGUUGAGGCAUGUACAUGUACAGCGUAACUGCAUUAUUCUUCUCUCUUCCAGCGACAACGUUGUUGAAAACCUCUCCACUUUACCCGAUUUAGACACACUCUCAAAUCUGUGUCUUUAUCUUGAUCAAGAGGGAGAGAACAUAUUGAGAAGGAUUCCCAACGUUCACCAACUUCAAAUUUUCAAUUGUGGGGGACGAAAUAGAGGCGUGGGCACGUCUAACUACCAUGAAGGUCGCAGAACCUGA